AUGCAAUUGAGCAUCAUUUUCACCGCAGUUUUUGCGGCGACCAUCUCCCCGGCUUUGGCAUUCUGGCGUCUGCCAUGUCGGGGCCGUCUAGGCGUUGCCCGCCUCGAUCCGCUGGUCAAUCCCGGCGCCGUCUCUUCUCACGCACACGUUAUCCACGGUGCUGGCAACUUCGGAAAGAGUGUCACCGUCGAUGAACUGUUGGCGUCUGACUGCACUUCCUGUGCAGUCAAACAGGAUAAAUCCAUUUAUUGGACUCCGGCAACCUACUUCAGACACUCCAAUGGAGACACAGAGCUGGUUCCCCAAGUUGGGGGCAUGCUUGUCUACUAUCUGCAACGCGGAGAAAACGUGCAGGCCUUCCCAAAAGGUUUCCGUAUGCUGGCCGGAGACCCUUUCCAACGCAAUUUUACCUGGCCAGUUCCGGACCCCCCCAAGUCAUCCUGGAGUGGUCCUGAAACAUCGCAGUUUGCCCUCUCCCAAAAAGCCAUUGGGUUUAACUGCCUGAACUACCACGCGACGCCAGAGCCUACCCUCUUCCGUCACACUCUGCCGAAAAAAAGUGAAAUCGACGCCAAUUGCCCUGAUGGCCUCCGCAUGGAGAUGAUGUUCCCAUCCUGCUGGAACGGCAAGGAUCUCGACAGUCCAGACCACAAAUCCCACAUGGCCUACCCCAAUCUGGUCGAAGACGGUGUCUGCCCCAAGGGCUUUGAGACCCGCGUCGUAUCGCUCCUUUUCGAGACCAUCUGGGACACCGCCAAAUUCAAGGGCGUCGAGGGUGAAUUCGUUCUCGCCAACGGCGACCCUCAGGGAAGUGGCUACCAUGCCGAUUUCAUUGAAGCCUGGGAGCCCGGCUUCCUCAGCAAAGCUGUGAAAACCUGCACAAAUCUCUCCGGCCGUGUCGAAGAUUGCCCCCUGUUCGAUCUUCAAUCCCAGGCGGACCAGAACAAAUGCAAGCUCAAGAUGCCCUCCGAACUCGAAAAUGAAGACUGCUCGUUCGUCAAAGGCGGCCUUCCAGGAGCCGUUGAGAUUCUUGCUGGCCCUGCCUACGCCAAGAUUCCCAAAGUCAAGAUCCCCGAAAUCCAAAUCCCCGAGGUCAACGCUCCAGACAACAAAGCAGCCGCCGGCCCAGCACCAGCACCACCACCACCCCCUCCGCCUCCUCCCCCUCCGCCUCCAUCGCCAGCUCCACCAGCCCCCUCUCCUCCUCCCCCCGUCAAACACACCACAGCCCCAGCUCCAGCCCCUGGGCAAUUCUUCGCCCCAGAAGAGUACGGAAAUGCCACCCCCAUCUCCACGAGCACUUACACCGAGGGCAACGUCGUUUACGAGAUUGUCAUCAUGGAAGAGAAGGUUACGACUACUAUUGAACUUCCUGCCGGUGCCACAUCGCCUGCUGGAGCCAAGGUUGUUCGAAAGGUCCAUAAGCGUCAUGGGCACGGACAUUUGCAUUAG